AGUCGAACUGGGGGCCAAGGCCGUCUGUAGCACCGCUGGGGGGGGGGGGGGGGUUGCUCGGCGGCUGCCGUGGUGAGUCGACCGAGGGGACUGCCUUGAAGCCGAACAGGCGCGGCUUUGAGGGGGGUCCACGAUGCCGCGACAACAGACGCGCAGUCAUGAGCCUGCACCUGAAAAUGUGCAGCAGGAUUUCAGGCGCAAGGGGGCUGUGUACCGUUACAUGGUCGUCGGCCAGGCGGUGGACACCAGGGGGGUUAGGAUGCUACGGUGCACCUUCUGCAAUAAGGUGUGGCAAGGAACCCAGUAUUAUGCGACAAAACACUUCACCCAGCCACAAUAUUGCAAGAAGGUGUCCGACGAAGCGCUGUUUGACAUUGCGCACAAGUGCACACACCGCUUCGAGGCCGACCAGGCAGAGAGGGUCCGACACUACGCACAGGAGCGUUGGCUAGAUGUCCCGCGGUCUGGAGCAAUGGGUGGCGAGGCAGAGUGGAGUGGAGAGGGCGUCGGCGGGGGAGAGGAUACCCAGCGUUGGUCCGAGGGUGGUUCUGUGAGAGAUGGGGCGGGCGCCGGUGUUGCGGAGGAGGGCGAGGCGGGAGUCGACCGCGAGGGUAGCAUGGCAAAGGGUGAGCGGACGGUGACGGGAGAGGGGGCCGUGCCCGAGGUUGAUCCGGUCACUCGUCAGAGGACGCGGGGCUGGGAUCCCGUGGGGAAGAGGCCCGUCCCGCCUGAGAUACCUAGCACGCCGAGUUCCUCCAGGACUCCUGUUCGUGAUACACCUGGUUCUUCCAAAAGGAAGGACGGGGGUGCAGAUCUUCCUGCCACGCAGGCCGGGAAGAGGCUGCGGCAGCAAAGGGUCACACUUCAGCAUCCUGGUGGAGGACCUCUGCCCGUGCUUCCCUCCCACAGCGAGAUUGCGAGCGUGCGAGCUGUGGAGAUCCACCUCCAGGAGUUGGCGGAGGAAUUGGAGGAGGUUAGGCAACCGUUUUGGUCGAGCGGUGCCACCCUCCUCUCUGACGGGAGGAAGUCACGAGACGGGCGACCGAUCGUGAACUUCCUCGCAGCGGGGUCUCGAGGGGUCGUCAUGUACAUGACGAUCAACCGAGAGGGGGAGCCGGAUGAUUCCGUGCACGUUCUACAGAGAUGGGUCACCAUCUUCCACGAUUUCAGGUUUGGUGGCCCACAGCUGGUCAAUGCUAUAUGCACUGACUCUGCUUCUGCGUAUGUGGGGGUUGCGAGGGCUUUGGCCGAUGCAACUAUGCCCCCUGAGCUGCGGAGGAUUACUUGGCUCUUGUGGUCCGUCCAUGUCUGCAACAAGUUGUUGUCAGACAUUGGCACGAUCUGCACCUCUUUCGUGGACACGAUCACACGUGCCCGAGUUCUGGUGGUGUUUUUCAAAACCCACCAGGCCGCUCUUAGCUUCUUCCGGAGGUGCACAGGAGGAGCUUUGGGGCUCGUACUUUCAUGUGAGACGCGAUUUGCGUCUGUGUACUCCAUGUUAGAAAGGUUGUUGGCUCUGCAGGAUCGUUUGCAGGACAUGAUGAGAGGGGUGGACGGGCAGGCUAGGGCAAGGAUCCCAUGGUCGCGCGACGUCUCUGACAUGGCGUGUUCGGUGCGCCGCCAGAUCAGGUGGUCCCCUUGGUGGGAGAGAAUGCGGGCCAUCUUACACGUCAUGGAGUCCGUCAUGGAGUUGUUGAGGCGGAUUGAUCGUGGCGGCCAGUUCAUGUCCCUCGUUGUAGAGUGGACUCAGGAUCUUGCAUGCCUCGUGCGGGACGCUUGCGCCCCUUUCGGCCAUUCGUUUUCUGACCGCGUCAUGAGGCAUGUGCAGGCCCGUAUUCACCACAUGAUGGAGCCUGCAUACUGCGAGGCAUUCUUACUGAACCCCCGUCGACGGGAUGUUCAGUACUUCUCAGCUCAGCUCGACGAGUACCACACAUGGCUUGUUCGCCAAGCCAAGAGGUAUCUGUUGUCUCAGACCGGCUUCGACGUGGAGGGUGCUCCCUACCUUGAGGUAUGUCGGCAGUUUGAGGACUUCCACAUGCAGCAGGCGGAGAGGAACUGGGUGGUCCAUGAGAGCAUCCACGCGAAGAAGAACAAUCAGUUGGCCUUCGAGAAGGUCGUCCAUCUUGUCGAGAUCACCGCAAAUGUGUGGUUGAUGGAGUACAGACGUGCAGGUUGUGGGUAUGUUCUCCCUUGGCAGCGAGACGAGGGUAUGCUCGACGCUCAGGCAGGCAUAGAGCUGGACCCCGUGCGUUCGGGGAUGAAGAGCUCGAUGACGCCGGAGGAGAUCGAGGAGCAGGCUGCCGUCACUUCGCGCGAUCCCAUCGGUUGCUCUGCGCCGCCCCCUACAGAGUCUGUUUUCGGUGCUCGUGUGGCUAUCUUCUGGCCAUACCCCAGGGAUCAUGCAUCUGGGGACGAGAGGGAGCGGGAAUGUGCGAACGAUCCCGUGCUUCCCAUCCCGCGCGAGAUUGACGAGUUGCACGAGGAGGUUGAGAGGGAGGCAGGAGUGGAGGUGGAUGAUCGUGCGCAGGUUGAGAGGGAGGCGGGAGUGGAGGUGGAUGAUCGUGCGCAGGUUGAGAGGGAGGCGGGAGUGGAGGUGGAUGAUGGUGCGCAUGUAGAGAGGGAGGCGGGAGUGGAGGUGGAUGAUCGUGCGCAGGUUGAGACGGAGGUGGGAGUGGAGGUGGAUGAUUGUGCGCAGGUAGAGAGAGAGGAGGACGUCGUGACUACUCAGGUUGGGAGAGAGGAGGGCGUGGCAGUGCCUUCCGAUGCUGCGCAGGGUGAGAGACAGGAGGACGUGGUCAGGGCAGAUGGUAUUGCGCUGGUUGAGGGAGAGGACACCGUGGUAGAGGGUGGCGUCGCCCAUGACAGAGGAGAGGGCAGUGACACCCUUGACCCGACUGUCGAGCGUUUCAUCGCUGAUGAGAGGACAUCGAGCAGGCAUUCGCAGGAGCCUCCAGGAUUCGUACACGGGACACUCUUCAGCACGGCGCGAGAGCACCCUCAGGAGGAGCAUGACGAUGCAGCCGCUGCAGAGAUCCCGGGAGGUAGCGGUCCGUUGGUACACUUCGUGGGCAUGCAGCUGACGACGACGACACGCCCAGUUCGACCAUGUGUGCUUGGCUCAGGUUCUGAGAAGGUGGCACGUGACGAGGUACCACCGGUCGUAGUGGUGGAUUUAGGAUCAGAGCCACCGCUUCAGACUUCCGUUAGUGGGCGGCGAGCUCCUGAGGAUACUGCUUGCCCAUUUGAUGCGGCAGAGCUCGCACGGGCUGCUGUGCGUAAUGUCAUACGGGAGGAGGACACAUACUCACGGAGACCACGCAUGCCGCCUCCUCCUCCGAGAUCACGUCACGGUGAUUCACCCUCGACACCAGCUUUUGCACACCUCCGCUCACCAUCCACGCCUGGCAGACCGAGGGUCCGUGACACCACAGGCGUAGGGAUUCUCCCUUUUGACACGACGUUAUUCAGGAGGACAGAUAUCGACCUGGACUCGACUCGCCGAGUAACAGUGCACACUGCACGACUCCAACCAGGUUUGGGUGGGGGUGGCACCGGGAGGGGUGCGGCUUGGGAGGUCAUGGCGGCAGUUUCUCAGCCGCGACAUGUUCAUGGGGGUGUAGAGGCCGAGUCCACCUUACAGCACGCGUUGGCAGCAGCAGCACGUGCUGUGCGUGACCAGACUUCGCGCAGGAGCGCAGCAUAUCGUGACUCUGGUCCGUGUCUCGUGCCUGCGGCGGGUGGUGCCGCAUUGGGGGAGUCUUUAGGACCUGAGGGGUUGGGGAUGCCGCGGGGUUCUCGUCGUGAUAAGACUGUCGAGGCUGUCACUCGGGCGAGUACUAGGCUUGUUCACGUGAGGAGGGGGGAUGAGCGGGUCAUCGUAGAGGAGGACGAUCCAGAGACGGAGCCGGCACGUGACGAGGACCCGAAUGAGGAUGACGAGUACAGAGAGGACGACGAGAGUCGGGAGGAGGAGAGGGAUGACGAGGAGGAGGAGGACGACGACGACGACGAUGAGCCCUCCCCUCGACCACGGCGUGGUUCAGGUAGACGGCAGGAGGAGUUUCGUGAGACGAGACCCCGCACGAGGAGUCGAGGACCAUCCGCUGCGACCGAGGUGAGCCAACGAGGUGUGUCACGGACAGGCGGCUCGGGUCGCGAGAGGCGGAGAGGCAGCGGUAGGGGGAAGCGAGGUCGAUGGUCUUGACAGCUUCGUUCCCCUUCCAUCUCGCGUAUAUGUCAUUCAUCGA